CACAAGCCCACAUAAUGCUCCUCUUCAGCACCGGGAACAGUAGGCCAGCCUGCGGAGCUCUUCCGGAGGCGGAUAAUCCCCAUCUCCAUGCAGUCCAAAUGCAAUAAGGAAGGAAUUGCUGUAACUCACCUCAAGGGAAACACGUUUGUGUAGGCAAAUCAGUUACCACCUAGAAGUCCACCAUUUGGAGACGAUUGCACUAGGAGGAAGAUGGAUAUUUGCGUUUCGCAUUAUUGUGUAAAUAGCCAAAACUAACAGUGAUAAGCCGAUGCUCUAUAAUGUGACAGCUGCUGUCGCAUUUCAUCUAGUUUGGAGAAGCUACUGAAAGAACAUCCUGGCUUGCAUUUUGAUUUUUUUUAUUUCAGCACCAUGGUGACAUACAAUCCGGUUUUAACUUUUAUUAUCGCGGCUCUUUGGCUUGUCGGUGGCGAACUACAAACUCAUUCUUCACCCGCGACGCAGUUAAAUUCUACAUCAUCCAUCAUCAGCCAAGAUGAACUGACACAUAAUGUCACAGAUGCCGCCGUGGGAUCCCGGAUUUCAUCAAUAAUAACGUAUCUUCCAACUCUGAAAAACAUUGUUAUUUUCAUCUGCGUGUUAACAGCUGUUCUCAUCACAUGCCUAGUCAUCAAAGUGGUCAGAUCUGGGAGACGGAUCAGGAAAACACGAAAAUACGACAUUAUAACGACACCUGCAGAGCGUGUGGAGAUGGCCCCUCUUAAUGAGGAGAACGAUGAUGAGGAUGACUCAACCCUCUUUGAUGUCAAAUACAGGUGAAUCCCAGCAUGGACAUCAAUAUUUGAUAUCUCCUAUUCUGCCCGGGACAUCUGAAGUGAUUUCUUAUAUCUUUAUGCUGUUCAAGUCUUAUCAGAUCGUCAACUUCUAAUGCUGCUUGUGCAUGGCUUUUACCUGUGUUUAAAGGACUGGAGCCGUAUGGAUAUCAUUGUUUGCUGCUUAGCUUACGCUUCUAUCAUGUGGCACAAAUAACUUGCACAAUUGUUUCUGAUGUUGAAGAUCAGGAUGCUUUAUAUUGUGACUUCUUCUCAAAAGUCAUUCAGUAAUCAGGCUGUUAAAGACUUUGCAUUCAAUUGUCUUCAAAACAUCUAAUUACAUGGAAAUUACUUCUUUUUCUUUUCUUUUCUUUUUUUUUAUUACAUUUUCUGAGUUUAUAGGAGGAACCAAUGCCGGCUUUAAAGCUAUGAUCUUCCCAUAUUAAAACUAAAGACAGUCCGUUAAUGCAUAACAUGUUAACAUGCAAGAAAUAUUGUGCAGAAUUACUUUAUUGAAAUGUAAAAAAAAUUGCACACUGAAGAAUCUAUUGAUAUUUUUAACUAAACUUUCAUACCAAAUAUAUUUCUAUCUACUAACCACUUUAUUGUGCAUAUAUACUGUCGAAGGCAGUCUGUCCUUAUCUAUGGAGUAAGUGUAUAUUUUUUUACCGUGUGUUGAUGUAGACAUUCCUGUUUUGCUGCUAUCUCAGCUGAAGUUCUACAUUUUCGAGGUUCAAAUUUGGUUAAAAUCUCAAAUAAUAUAGUCAGGUUAUAUUUGUACGGUGUUUAUGGAAUACAUCUAUUUGCUAUGAAUGUGAAUGCUGUAAUCUGUUGUGAUCGGGUGUGUUAAUUAAUUCACAAUGUCACUGUAUCAAGUAACCACUGAACAAUAUCAACAACAGGUUGGAAGUGAUGUAGUUUCAGUAUUUAACAUGUUGGACAUGCUCCCAGUGUCUUAUUUUCUAAAUCAAAACAAUAUUAUGUUGCCAUAUAAUGUCUAGUUACUCUAUUAAAAAUAAUCCCCAAAAUCGGGUAUCUCUUGUUUGAGAUAGGUUUGAGAGGUGAGCAGCUAGUAAAGUAUUAUGGAAAGUCUCCCACAUCAAUUUCCAUUAAUGGCUCACUGACUCUUGUGAUGUCUGACUUGAAAAGGACUGAUGUUUUCCCCCUGAAGAGUUGCUUCUCUGUGCCGUACAGAUUCUGGUAAAAACAAAAAAAGAAAAGUGUCCCUAUCUUGGUGGAAAUGUUUUGACAUGUGGGUUUAAAAUGGAGAUUUUACCUGAAACGAUUUGGCCCGUUAGAUAAGUAUUGAAUUACUAAUAAAGACAAUGAAAAUCA